GGUAGCAACUUAGACGUUCCCUCUCUUUCCCUCAAUUUUCUUCUCUCUCUGCUGUUAGAAUCCCUUUACCAUUUAUUCCAGAGGAGACACUUCAGCCAGACAGAACAUCUGAUUCUGAAGGAAAUAUGAGUAACCACUUGAUUCUUCACCUGGCAUGUGUGAGCCUAGUUCUGCUCUGUGGCCAUGGGAAUGCAGUGCAUGUGCCCAUGGUCUAUAGAAUUUCCAUGGAUGGCAGUGGUGACGGAGGGGAGCCGGAUCUCAUAAUCCCCAUCGAUGGCCCCCCCCACCCUUACUCCCCCGUAGAUGUCUCCCCUGUCGAUGUCGCCCCCAUCAACGUCUCCCCCGUUGAUGUCUCCCCUGUAGAUGUCGUCAACGUCGAUGUCGCCCCCGUUGAUGUCUCCCCCACCGAUGUCUCCCCUGUUUCUCCCCCCACCCUGGUCAGCACCAUCACCAACACCAUCACUAUCACCAUGAUCCGCCUCAAGGACUUUAUGCUCACCCGGGUGGUGGACUUCCUCCAGGAUAAUAUGCUGAUCAUCAUCGUGGUCACCUCCCUCCUCAUUGUCAUGAUCUUCAUCAUCUGCUGUGCCGCUACCAUGAGCCAAAAGCGCAAGAUGGAGGCCUACAAACCCCCUGCCAACCCACCCAGGAAGUACAUUGGCGACACAGCUGGAGGAGUCGAACCCUCCAGUGAGGUCCAGAGUCGGGUCUUCGGCGGGCCUGAUUCUGCCAGGAGGAUCCAGGGAACCCCCAAGAAUCUGCGCACCCCUUCCGCUGCACUGGUGGGGGAAAAGGUGGGCAAGGAGCCCAAACCGAAGGAGGUCCAGAAAGUGAGGGAGGUAGAGGAGGAGGAAACGCGUAGAGUGGAGCCUAAGCACAAAGGCCAGAAGGCUGAGGAGGUGCAGCCGAGCUCCAGCCCCAGCACCAGCCAGCCCAUGGUCUGCACCUGCCACCUGCGGAAGGCCAACCACUAAGUAUAGGUUGGGGCUCCAACCAUGCAAACUAGCAAAAACGGAGAUUGAGGCCUUUUCUUGUGCAGAGGGAACUCCCUGGGUACGUCCGCUGCUGUGUGCCAAACUUGUCUGUGGAAUCUGACUCUGUGGGUACCUUUAGCAUACAGAUACAAUUGGGUCUAGUUAGCAUACAAAGGCCUUAAAACAGAAGGAAUUUCAGGCCUGACUGCCUAUAUAUCUAUAUAUAUAUAUAUCUAUAUACACACACAGUAUAUGCCAUAUCAUGUGUAUGUAUGUGUGUGUG